AUGUUGCAAAGACCUGCUCCAUUAGUUCCUGGGCAAUCUGGUUUUUUCAACUCUAAUACUUUCCCACUUGUCCCUGAAUUCACUACUGAUGAUUCACUUACUGCACUUAGUGCCUUUGAUCUUGAAUCUGAUAUGUGUCUUUGUUUUUCAAGCUCCCUUGCUGGUUUCGGUGAUUCGAAUUUUUUCAAGGAUGUUACGUGUAAUUAUGAAUUCAAUUUGUUCUACGUUGGCACUGAUAUUGAUCUUAUUUGUGAGGAUCCUGGUGAUGAUGUCGAUGUUGAAAGUUCUUCCGGUGCAGUUGCGGCGACCGCUGCAGAAAUUUGCCAAGUGAACUCCGAAAAUUCGAUUGAUCUUUCCCAAUUAUCCGCCACUUUUGCCCACAAAUAUUGUGUUGCUGAUUUUGAUUUUUAUUCAAGAUUAGCCCAAGAGAUUUGGUAUGAUCUAAGAGGCUCAUCAUUGAAUGCCAAUUUUGAUCGCCAUCAUGCCCAUUCUGUGAGUGGUUUAACCGGAUCGUUGAAAUUUAUUAGAAAUGGGAAAUUGGAUGAGCACGGCGGUUUAUUUUUCAAACCAAUAAUAAUCAGGAUUGGUAAUUACGGAGGACUUAAGGAUAUUGUUUGCUAUUUGAUAGAUUAUUUUGUUUCUGGGCUCAAAUUGUUGUUGGUUACUGGUUUUAUCGCCGGUGGUUCUCUCUUAUUGCUAAUGAUGGUUUACAGGGUUUUUAAUUUCGUGAAAUUACUUUUGCAAUUAUACCUGAAGUAUCAAGAAAGCAUUGAGGAUCUCAAAUCUGGAAAAACUUUUGAAAUGAAUAACUUGGAAUUGAAAAUUUCUGAACUUGCAAUGGACCUUGAGGAUAGAAAUAAGGUCCUUGAACUUUUGGAGCAACAAUCGCAGCUUUUUGAAAGACUCAAGGCGAUCACAAAAUCACAAGGUCUUGAUGGUAAUAUUAGCGCUCUUGGUCUCCCAGAGAGCACUUUUCUCUCGUUAAAGCCUCAUCCUGAAGCAGCUCUUUUGAAAAACAAUAGCAAUUCUCAAUUUGACAUUGAAACUGAUAUUUCUGAUAUCCUUGAUACUGUGCUUUUCAAUAAUGAUGCCACUUUGCCAACUCAGAUUAUGUUUGAACCUGGAUUCAAAUUUGGCGAAAUUAUGAAUAAUUGUUUACGGUAUGAGGUCCCAAGUUCUAUCCGAUCUUCUUCGAUGAGCAGUGACCAUCAUAAGGAAAUGGAUAAUAGUGUUGAACUCAAAGCGGUUUAUACUGAUGCCAAUGAGAUUGGAAACUCACCUUUCGUUACUACCAAUGAUGAAGGUAUCAAUGAUAAUGAUAUUUCACUCGAAGUUGACAGAGAAAUUGACAGUUUAAUUGAGGAAUUGAACAGAGGUGGUUUUUCUGGCUCGUUCAUUGAUGAUGUCUUGGUCAAACAAAUUGAAAAUGGUGCCAGAGCUUACAAAAGAAACUACGACCUUGAAUUCGAGCCAUUGGUUGGAGCUUUGUACCUUAUUGAUGAAGAAGAUGAAGAAGAAGCAAACCAUGAAAAUCAAGGAGUGACACUUGAAAAUACAGAUAAUUUGGUUGUUACUAGUGAUCUGAAGAAGACUUUGGAAGGGUCCAAGACGUCGCUUGAAUAUCCGGUGUGUUUCCCAGAUAAAGAAAGUUGA